AUGAAGGAAAAUGGACAGUGUAGCGAGAUUUCUGUUAUUGCUGACGAAACAUCACAGGAUGAUACAUACAGUAUAUUAUAUGAUGGAUACAAUAGACUUCGCAUAAUUGAAGCAGUCUAUGAUGAAUAUGUUCUUUUUCACAACGUGAAUUUCAACAAGGGGAAAGAAUUCCAAGUGAUGUUUUUAUAUGGCCGAACACCAGAUUUGAGUCCAGAAAUAAAAACGUGGUUUGGAGAAGUGUGUCAGACAUAUGGAAUUCCUAAUGAAAACAUUCUUGAUUUGACCAAAGUCGAUCGCUGUCUCCAGACCCGAGGGAGCUACUAGCCCAGUCCUCCAGUGCUGAGUGAAUGGUUCCUCAUCUGGGCUCCAGGAUCUUCCAUUCCAUGGCCCCACGACAUCUUGGGACAAGUUCUGUGACCUGAUGGCCAUCACUAUUUCACAUGAAAGCAUUAUCUCUGCAUCUUCAGACUUUUCCCUAAUUAACUAGAAAGAUCAACAGCUUACCAAGAAUGAAGAAAUUUCUCCAAAUUUCACUCUCUGUGCCAUACCCAGAGAACU